GCCUCUCUACCAGACACUUGCCGAGGUCUGAAUUCCUGCCCUUUGUCUCGAAACCAGCAGCCGAAUUGUUGCGGAGAGCCUUACUGGACAAUCCUUCGACACCGAGUAACGGAGAGUUCCGAUUUCUGUCGUCACUUUCCGUCUCUUCUCAUCCGAAAGUUCUGCAACUUUGGUCGACCAACGGGAUCCCAACUCCGUUGUCGAAAUCCACUAUCAUUUCAUUCAAGUAUUCUUGAAACGUUCUAGAACUCAACCUCGAAUCUCCAGAAGAACACCAGACGUCACAGAAGAACAUUCCACGGUUCUUCUGGUUCUGGGCUGAUUCAUUGGCGGUGAUCUAAAAUUAUCGGGGGGCUAUUGAGCUCACGAACCGUCACUGACGGCAAGAGCGUAUACAAUCACACUUGUACGGUCGUCGUUCCUAGGAAGCUCGACUCCGUACUUGGCAGGGCUUCAGCUCUAGCAAAACCUCCAUAAGACCGACCAACAGUCCAUCAGAAUGGACUCCAAGAGUACAGUUCCAGCAUACACUCAGGAAGAAGAAGCUGGCCCUCCUUCCUACGACGACACAAUAUCCAGCUUUCACCCUACAUCAGCCUCAUCUACAUCACAAUACUAUUCGAGUCAAAUUCAGUCUCAACUCCGGACACUCAACACACAGAUCUCCUCUAUCCAAACACAAAGGGACAUCCUCUCACAUGCGCAUGAAGAGAAGAUUCUCUCCCUGUUAACCCACCACAUCCAGCUCUACAUCUCUGACUUCGCCAAUACAGGCCUCUCAAAAGGAAGCCUCAUCCUCGUCCCAGCAAAGGCAAUACAAGACCCCAAGGCCACACCUACGGACUACGAUUUCAGUGAGCCAUCAGAAUACGACCGAGUCGUUAAAGUCACCGAUAAGGAAUGCGACAGUUAUGGCACUGAUGAUUUAUGGUACUGGGAAGAUGAAGAUAUGGCCAAGCGAUUGGUGGAGUAUCUGCGACCUCCCCCCAGCACGUUAGAGCUGCCGAAGAGAAAGGAGCAGGUGACACCACAGCCUCAGUCUAAAGGCUGGUCAUUCUUUGGGAAGAAGAAAAGCGAGGAGAGGCCGCCUUUGAUCGAUGAGCCACGGAGUUCAAAAGGAUAUGCUGGUGCUAGAAGUCUGGGCAGGGAGGGUGAAGAUCGAGUUGUUGUUGACGUGAAGGCUGAGGAGGUGGUCUUCAGGACAGAGAAUGAGUACGGAAUGUAUGGUACCGAGAGGGGAUGGGGGAUCGUAGUGAAGUUGAGGAUUGUCCUAGGUCGGAGAUAGAUGAAUCUGAUGAAUCUCCACGGUUCGCAGACAAACAAAGAUGAAAUACUGGCAUACAGACCUACAUACUCCGAGAGCUUCACUUGUUCAUUGCUUUAAGUCUAUAUAAUUUGCGGCAAGGACGAAGGUGAUUAGGAUCGUAGGUGGUGGGCUGUUCCACAAUUUGAUUUGGGUGUCAACCCCAUACAAUAUUGCCUACUUGGGACCACAUAUCGACGAAGGAUUUUAUAAAGUCGAAAGCUCUCCGAAACGUAAUAAAUGCCAACUUUGAGCAUGUGAAGAUUGCAAAAGGUCAUGCUAGGAUGCAUGUAUACAGGUGCAGUCUGCACGGUCGAUUGUAAAUUGCUGUGCUUAGUCAAUCCAUGAUCCUUCACAACGCCCAUCUACUACAAGGUAAUUUAAUCCCAGCGAGCAUUUAAUCAUUCAAUAGCAACCUUAAUAAGCUUUUCUCUCUCGGAAAAGAAUGUCCAUCCGAUCCAUUUUCUUGUUUAGCGCUGACGUCCUUCGCUGACUCAGCGCAGCGGUGAAACUGCACUGCUUCACCUGCCACAUCAACU